CAGAUCACAAUUCGCUUUCUGCCACUUCGAUUUAUUUGCACCUGAGGGCCACCAGGCUGAAUGGCACCAUGAGUGAGAUGUACUGUGACAAGACAAGGCCAGAGGAGCUGGGAGAUUGCUGCUGAGUGGUGAAAUAGAGAAGUGAGGCAGAGAGGAGAGCUGGCGGGGGAUAUUUUUUGAGGAACCCAUUCUGACGUCAGCAACGAAAAGAGAGAAGGAGUUUUCUCUAUUUGCAUAUGAAUUGAGAGACACAUGCACGCCGCGUCAGGACGACACAGCCAGAGGAGAAACAAAAAAAAAAGACAGAAAUGUAAAUAACACAAGCAUAUCUUGUGUACUUUAAACCAACAACCUCACCCAGCAGAAGAAUAUCCUGUUCUACAAACAGCUUGAAAGAAGAAAAAAAAAAAAAACACAGCAGAGCAGCAUCUAGCACACAGACCAAAUAGAGAAAACCACAGGCCUUUAAAUAGAUGGCAGAAAAAGAGAAGUGUGAAGUGGACAGAGAUACACUGAGAGAGACAGACGGAGAAAGAGUGAGAGCAGAAGUUUACAUCAGCCUCUAAGAAAAGCAAGAGUGGCAACCAGUGCCGCCGCUGGGACUGCAGUCAUCGCUGUGAGUGGCGUGAACCUGGGAUUUACCCACAGCAACGGCUUCACAGAGCAAGAGAGGAUAAAGACAAGGGAGGAGGCAAGGAGGAGAAACUGAGGGCUAAAGAGAAAGGAAGAGGCGAAUCACUUGUAGGAAAAGACGGGGGCUCAUGGGAAACCUCCUGAAAGUGCUGGCUUGCGCCGAACUUGAGCAUGGCCCAAUAGUUUUCCUUGACUUUGAACAUGCCCAGCCCACAGAGGCAGAGACAGCCGUGUGGAACCAGGUCAGCGCUGUGCUGGAGGAGGCUCAUGGGAUCCUAGCCGAGCUGCAGUCCUACAAUGGGGCGGGACAGGAGAUACGAGAAGCCAUCCAGAAUCCAGGCGACCUCGCUCUUCAGGAGAAGGCCUGGAACGCAGUCUGUCCCCUGGUGGCCAAACUGAAGCGCUUCUACGAAUUUUCCCUCCGACUGGAGAAUGCCUUGCGCAGCCUGCUAGAGGCGCUGACCAGCCCGCCGUACGCUCCCAUGCAGCACCUGGAGAGAGAGCAGGCCCUGGCCAAACAGUUUGCUGAGAUCCUUCAUUUUACACUCAGCUUUGAUGAACUAAAGAUGACAAAUCCAGCCAUUCAGAAUGACUUCAGUUACUACAGGAGGACUAUAAGCAGGAACAGGCUGAACAACCAGCAGCUGGAAGCGGAGAACGAGGUGAACAACGAGAUGGCCAAUCGGAUGUCCCUGUUCUACGCUGAAGCAACACCAAUGCUGAAGACUCUGAGUAACGCCACCACCAAGUUUGUUUCAGAGAAUAAAACCUUGCCCAUCGAGGACACCACAGACUGCCUGAGCACCAUGGCCUGUGUGUGUCGUGUCAUGCUGGAGACUCCGGAAUACCGUUGUCGGUUCACCAACACAGAUACCAUGCUGUUCUGCAUGAGGGUGAUGGUGGGGGUCAUCAUUCUCUAUGACCACGUUCACCCUGUUGGGGCUUUCGCCAAGACCUCCAAAAUCGAUAUGAAGGGCUGCAUCAAGGUACUGAAAGAGCAGCCGUCCAACAGUGUGGAGGGACUUCUGAACGCACUGAGGUAUACGACACGGCAUCUAAAUGAUGACAGCACCUCCAAACAAAUCAGGGCCCUCCUGCAAUGAGAAAGAGGAGAGCGGCGGAGAGAGGGAGGGAAGACGGAGUGCACUUGAAGGAGGAGAAAAAAGAAGACGAGGAGGAAACAAACGCCAGUGGCUGAUAAACCUGUUUGUUUACAACGAACAAAGAAAAUCAUCUCCAGGUUAUGAGAAAACCUGUUGAUAAUAAGAAGAGGAAAAUAAUUAUAUAUAUUGUCAGCUGUCCAUCAUUCUGUCUCUCAUUUUGUAAAGUAAGAAAAGAGAAAAAAAAAAAAGCCAGAAAAGAAAAUAUAGAUAUAUAUUAAAACAAGUGAAACACAAGCAGCAGAUGAAAAAUAAGUAGGAUUAAAGAGGAAGCUAUAUUGCAAAAUUUAAGGUCAGAACUGAAGCAAACUGAAAAUGUACAAAAAAAAAAAAAAGGGUUCAUGUUCCAGCAGUAGUCUGACAAGUAUUUUUGCACACACUUUGAAAACGCCAUCUCCUUUCCCCUGAAAUCUGAAAUCUUAAACUGAUCCCGGAGACUUUCCUUGUGCCCCCCUCACACACUCAGUUUACCCAGAGGGGUUUUUAAAGCUCUUGAGGUUUGCAGAUGUAGUGUUGCAGUUGCUGUCUCCUUCAGCUGGACCGAUCUCCACCCGCAGGUGAUUUAUGAAGCAAUGUGAUGGAUACUCUCCGGAGAUUUGCUUCUACCUGUUUUGU